UGGGUGGGGUGAUUUAUUGCAGUGCUUUCAUGGAUGAAGAUUGUGUUGCUCGAGGUUGACGCAGUUCUGGCUUGUUUUGUAGACUGCUCUGUUAUAUUUGCACUGUCUAUGCUGAGCAAUAAGACGUAUGCAAACCUCUGUCUUUCUGCUUUGCUCCAAACCACGCUUUACUCAAAGAUGCAUCAUUUGCUGACGAGCUCUUCGCCUCAGAUUAAAAUACCUGAAAGCAGGGUUUGGUCUGAACAUUCCUGGCAGGAAAGCUGCACUCCCAUCCUUGGGUCCCCUCCCUUCCCCCCCCCCCCUUCCUCUUACCCCUCAGCGUUUCCCGCCGCUGCCCCUCAGCUUCCCGCCGCCAUGUUUAAGGGCUGCCAGGCCUGGUUCUCCCACAGCGUCCAGCCUGGCCCCCGGCAGCUGUGGGUGGCUGGCGGAGGGCUGCUCACCCGCUGGCAGGACGCUGACUAUCUCUUCAGCAGCGAUGCUGCUCACCCCGAUACCCGCAGCAUACACGAGAGCCUGGAGUACCUGGAUGGCAGAGCUACAGUCUUCCAUCCCUCUUACCUCUCGGCAUGGCUGAACAGCAGCACUGCCAAGCAGCAGCCCGUGGCUCUGGGGCACUUCGUGCUGCCCCCCAUCUGCCUGCAGGAAGAAAUCAGGAGAAAAAUAGGUAGAUUUCUUUGGGAGCAGAUGGAUGAUUCCCUUGUGGAACAGCCUGAAGAAAAUCUGUCUGAUGAACCAGAGACAGUGAGCAAGGAGUGUGAGCAAGGAGAUGGGGAGGAUGCACAGAACCUACCUGAAAGCAGUGAAGGAAAAAGGGGCUCAAGAGCAUCCAGCCAGGAAGAAGCUCCAUGCCAUGCACUCCAGGAAUACCCAAUAAAUAACAUGGUGACAGGCUACACCUCUGCCCAUGACAUGAGGAAAUACACUGGAGAGCUACACGACUUCACUCCUGGCACCGCGGGUUACAUCGCCUACUGGGUUCAUCAUGAAAUCAGCCUUUGCUCUGAUGUGAAAACUAAAAAAAUUCUAAGUAACAGGCAGCUGUUCUCAACAAAACCUUAACUGAGUGCUGCCAAACACCAUCAGCAGCUAUGGCAGUUCAGUUCUGUUUACCAGCACCCUGUGGUUGCUGCAAGUAAUGCUGCCUUCCUUACCUUCCUGCAGAUUGAUCGUUAUUCCAGGGGGCAGCCUUUGUUAUCACUGCAUUUUAGUGACAUAGUGAAGAGAUUGGUGAUACUGAGCUGCAAAUUCCAAGUUAAAUCCCUGCGGUGCUUGAGGAAGCUCUAAGCUAUCCAUGUUUAGUUUAUUCUGCUGACAGCUCAGUACACUUUACAUACCUGCCUGCAUUUGUUGUAAACAUUUUUCUCCUAACUAUUGAAAGCAACUUCCACAGCAAACAUAAAUACAGGUGUAUCCCCCAAAGAGCAAAUCCUCUGCCUUUUCAUUUGUGUGGGUACUUAACAUGUGUCCCAUGGCUGCCAAUGGUCAGGAGACCCUUUGGCCCAGGGCCUCCAGGGAGCCCUGUGGGUUGAGUGGGUUCUGAGCACAGACUCCAAUCUUCUCCUUAGCAAAACCCACGUAAACCACAGGCUUGAACACAAGUGCAGACACUGAUCAUGGAAAAAGUAGGGAAGGAAACAGAUUGAGAACCCUUAUCUGCUGGAGGACCCAGGAGCAUGGCAGGGACUGGUAGGUCCUCCACACAGCAGGAUGGGAGUUGUGGGGUGAAUGCAGCCCUCUCUGGGGACAGUGGUAGGAGAUGGGGGGUCCUCCUGGGGGCUUCAGGGCCUGUCUCCAUAUGGGCUUCCAUCCCCCGACAGCACAUUGCUCAGCUCAGUUCACUCCCCUUGUAGAAAUAAACACAAAGAGACUUUUCCUCUUCCAUCUAAGCACUGAGAGAUAUGGUCAGAAAGACAGCUUUUAUUCUGGCACAGCACGACCUUGUGAGCUUCCCACUCAAAUCUGGGAGGCUCUGAGGUCACUCCAUGUUUGCCUUCUCCCAACCGCGCACCACCAC